AAGGACCGCUAUGCGCCGCCGCAGUCGGGCCUCAGUCGCCCCGGUAACACGCUUGGGGCAGGUUCCUCAUCAUGAGCGUCCGGGUCGCGCGGGCGGUGAGGGCCUGGGGCUGGGGCACGAGUGGCCGUCGCGGCGCCUCGAACUUCCGGCUGCCUCCGCUGGGCGCAGUGGACGUGGCGGAGCUGCUGCGAGAUGCGACAGCAGCGGAGGAAGUGCCCCAGGAGGCGGCGGCGCGGCGCCAGCCGGGCCAGUGCUCCGUGCUGCUCUUCCCCGGCCAGGGUAGCCAGGUAGUGGGCAUGGGCCGCGGUCUGCUCCGCUACCCACGCGUCCGCGAGCUCUACGCUGCCGCCCGCCGCGUGCUGGGCUACGACCUGCUGGAGCUGAGCCUGCACGGGCCGCAGGAGGACCUGGACCGCACCGCGCACUGCCAGCCCGCUGUCUUCGUGGCUUCGCUGGCUGCCGUCGAGAAACUGCAUCACCUGCAGCCUGCGGUUAUUGAGAACUGUGUUGCUGCUGCUGGAUUCAGUGUGGGAGAAUUUGCAGCCCUGGUGUUUGCCGGAGCCAUGGAAUUUUCUGAAGGUUUGUAUGCAGUGAAAGUCCGAGCUGAGGCCAUGCAGGAAGCCUCAGAAGCCGUCCCCAGUGGGAUGUUGUCCGUCCUCGGCCAGCCUCAGUCCAAGUUUACAUUCGCCUGUUCGGAAGCCCGGGAGCACUGCAAGACUUUGGGCAUAGAGAAUCCUGUGUGCGAGGUGGCCAACUACCUCUUUCCAGAUUGCAGGGUGAUUUCAGGACACCUGGAGGCUCUGCAGUUUCUCCAGAAGAAUUCCUCUAAGUAUCACUUCAGACGCACCAAGAGGCUGCUGGUCAGCGGUGGGUUCCACACUCGCCUCAUGGAGCCCGCCGUGGAGCCCCUGGCGCAGGCGUUAAAAGCGAUUGAUGUCAAGAAGCCCCUGGUUCCCGUGCACUCGAACGUCAGCGGGAAUAGGUACACGCACCCAAAACACAUCCAGAAGCUGCUGGUCCAGCAGGUGGUCUCCCCAGUGAAGUGGGAGCAGACGAUGCACGCCAUCUACCAGAGGAGAAAGGGCACCGAGUUCCCCCAAACUUUUGAAGUGGGGCCUGGGAAGCAGCUGGGAACCAUCCUGAAGAGCUGCAACCUGCAGGCCUGGAAGUCCUACAGUCACGUGGACGUGCUGGCGGCUGCCGAGGACACGGACCAGGACCUGUAGGGGUCUCCCCAUGACCGCGGGGCUGCAGUGGGCCGAGGCUGGCCUGUCCUCCGCCAGGAGGCCGUGUGCUGUGCCUGCUUUGCCCUCCCUCCGGGCCGCCUCCUCCAGCACUUGGGAGGGUUGUCUGCAGAGUGCUUAGAACGCCACAUCAAAAGCACUAAAAAGGAGUAUUUCUUUACCCAACAGUCCACACCUCCUUGAAACGUGUUUGAAUGCUGGGAGAAGAUGCGGCGGUGGCGCUCACGUGGAGACUGCCGAGUUCCUGCUCUGCCUCUCCCGGCUCUGCCAGGUGGGCAGACCACACCUCCGCACACCCAGCGGCCACCUCUACAAUGGGCUGAAACAGCCUGGCCUGCAGGUGCCUUCUGAGGACUGGCAAGGCUUGGCCCGCUGCCGUCUCGCCCUGCCAUGUGGGUACUGUGGGUACAUUGGCAUGGCCACAAGCAGGCGGGUGCCGGGGGACCGCACUGCUCCUGAACAGGGCCUGCAGCCACCCACAACCAGACUGUUCACUCCUCUGUCACUGAAUCCAAAGGGCUGUAAGACCCAGCUGGCCCUGGCAGGCCUCCCACCCACCACCCCACUCUCAACUGUUGGAAGACCCAACAGGUAGUCUUGAAUGCCUGCUGUGUGCCAGGCAGUGGGCAGCCUCUGCCCGGUGGGCAAGAGGGUCCUUCAGCAAGACAGGGCCGACGUGGGCCCGUUUCCUCUCCCACUGAUUACGAGCGCCUCCUGCCGAGUGCUUACUGCGUGCCCUUGACCUAGUCUGGCACAGGCUGGCCCCUGCCAGCUCCACACCAAGACCGAAGCAGGUGCUCGGCAAGAGCAGCUCUUCGCACUGACAUUAAAUGAUCAAUUCCA